GCAAAAUCUUGCAUGGAGGACAGGUCACAGACUCGUUCGAAGUAAAGACCGGUGUCAGGUAAGGUUGUUUACUCUAACACUUCCUCUUUCUCCUGGUGAUCAACUGGAUCAUGAAGAUGUCAACAUCUGCAGGGAAGCAUGGGAUACAGUGGACAUCUAGGAUGCAGCUGGACGAUCUAGACUUCGCAGAUGAUCUGACCCUCCUAUCGCAAACGCGACAACAAAUGCAGGAGAAGACGACCAGUGUAGCAGUAGCCUCAGCAGCAGUAGGUCUCAAUAUACACAAAGGGAAAAGUAAGAUUCUCCGAUACAACACAGCAUGCACCAAUCCAAUCACAAUUGACGGAGAAGAUUUGAAAGAUGUAAAAACCUUCACAUAUUUGGGCAGUGUCAUUGAUGAACACGGUGGAUCUGAUGUAGAUGUGAAGGCGCGGAUCGGAGAAGCAAGAGCAUCUGGAACUCGGAACAGUUGUCAACCAACACCAAGGUCAGAAUUCUCAAUACAAAUGUCAAGACAAUUCUACUGUAUGAGGUGGAGACGUGGAGAACUACGAAAGCCAUCAUCCAGAAGAUACAAGUGUUUAUUGACAAUUGUCCACGAAAAUACUUCGGAUUCGUUAGCUAGAUACUAUUAGCAACAACCUACUGUGAGAGAGAACAAGCCAGAUCCCGGAGGAGGAAGAAAUCAGGAAGAAGCGCUGGAAGUGGAUAGGACACACAUUGAGGAAAGCACCCAACUGUGUCACAAGACAAGCCCUCACAUGGAAUUCUCAAGGUCAAAGGAGAAGAGGAAGACCAAAGAACACAUUACACCGAGAGAUAGAUAGAGAUAUGAGAAGAAUGAACAACAAUUCAAUCGAACUAGAAAGGAAGGUCCAGGAUAGAGUGGGAUGGCUAAUGCUGGUCGGCGGCCUAUGCUCCGUUAGGAGUAACAGGCGUAAGUAGGUGAUGAGUUCGUGGUGAAUAUCUGAUAGUUUCAUAAAUCAAGAAACAAGAUUUGAACAUUUCAUGGAUAACACGAAAGAUAUGAACUUCACAUAAUGUUUAUUGGUCAUAAGGGAUACCGAA